CCAUAUCCUCCACUGCCUUCUGCACGCGAGCCUGCUGUCCUUCUGCCAUUCCUGAUCUCACAUCAACUGCUUUUAUUUCCAGUAAACGUUAGUAAUAAAGAUAACUAGUUACUGCUUCAACCAGCGGACUCUAUAAAGCCACGACUCAAACCCAACAGAUUUGACUAACAAAACCUGCAAAUAAUUACUGAAACGUUCAAAUGUAUCAACCUGAAGUAUCCUGAAAUUCAAUAAUUCUUCAGUAAGGUCACCUCCUACUACACCUAAAAAGCAUGCUACCGGUAAUUACGCCACUUCCGCCGCGUAACGAGUACUAUUUCCGUUUCCGUACUUCCGUACUCUGCUACUGCUGGAUUUCACGUUUUCACCUGUUUUAUGCAGUUUGUUUCCUCACACUUUAUUUAAACUUUUCACCCUGAUAUGUAAACAGAUGUUGAUAUUAUAAAAAAACACUGAAUCCAUAAAAUGCUUCUGAGACGCUUGUCGGUGAAGGCGCUUCUCUUCUUUGGUCUUUGUCAAGUUGGACGCAGGGGUUUUGCCUCUGCACCUGAAGUGAGAGAGGCACCAAAGAAAAUUGCAAUAAUUGGCGGUGGUAUUGGAGGCACAGCAGCAGCAUUUUUCUUGAGACAAGAGUUUGGACCGGCAGUGAAGAUUGAAGUGUUCGAGGCUGGGACAGUCGGAGGGCGUCUGGCCACUGAAAACAUUGGAGGAUAUGAAUAUGAGACAGGGGGAUCCAUUAUUCACCCCCUCAACUUGCACAUGAAGUACUUUCUGGACAGACUCGGUCUGUCUCAACGUGGGGAUGUAUCUUCUAAACUGGCAAUAUUUGAUGGGAAGGAGCUGACCUUUGAAGAGAGCGACUGGUUCGUAGUGAACUUCGUACGCAUGCUGUGGAGAUAUGGAUUCAACUUUAUUCGAAUGCAUAUGUGGGUCGAGGGCAUACUGGACAAGUUUAUGAGGAUAUAUCAGUACCAGCAGUUUGGGUACUCAUUCUCCAGCGUGGAAAAGUUGCUUCAUGCUAUGGGUGGAGAUGGUUUCCUUACACUGGUCAAUCAGACGCUGGAGGAGGCCAUGCUGGCUGAGGGCUUCUCUCAGAUUUUUCUCAAUGACAUUGUAACGCCCGUCACAAGAGUCAACUACGGCCAAAGUGUCCGAAUCAAUGGAUUUGUGGGGGCUGUUGCACUAGCAGGAGCUGACUCAGGAUUGUGGGCAGUGGAUGGAGGGAAUAAGAUGGUCUGUUCUGGGCUUCUGUACCACAGCAAAGCUGAACUUGUUCCAGCUCGUGUUACAGCCAUCUCCAUGAAGAUGAGACCAUCCAAAACUGGCAUCGCUGCAAAUUUCUAUGAAGUGAACUACGUUGGUGAGUCUGGUGCCGCCCAUUCCAUGUACGACAUAGUUGUAGUUGCCACACCUCUCCACCAGGGCAUGUCUGACAUCAACUUCUCAGGCUUUUCUCCACCCAUUCCAACCCACUUCCCUGGCCGCUACCACCAAACGGUGGCCACACUGGUCCACGGUCUGCUUAAUGUGUCCUAUCUGGGGACCACAGAGAAGCCAGACAAGUUCUUUGUUUCUGACGUGCUCACAUUGGACAACAAAGAAUCUGAGAUCCACAGCCUGAGCUCUCUGGACCCAGUGAAGAUUCCCAGAGGUUACUCACGGAGCCCUGCCAGCCAACGCAAAGUAUGGAAGAUCUUCUCCUCCCAGUCACUUUCCGAGAAGAAUCUGCAGCAAAUCUUCCUUUCCUGGGAUUCUGUGUCAGAGAAACGCUGGCUGGCAUACCCUUCCUACAGCCCGCCGCACCGCAGGACGCCUCCCUUUAUCCUCCAUGAUCGCCUCUACUACCUCAACGCUGUGGAAUGGGCAGCCAGUGCCAUGGAGAUGAGUGCCAUUUCCGCCCGUAAUCUGGCUCUGCUCGCCCACCAUCGCUGGUAUGAGCAGACGGCCAGAAUCGAUCAAGAGGACCUUCACACCAGACUCAAAGGUGAACUUUGACAGAGAUGAGAGAUUGGAUUGUGAAAAGGAAGACCUGUACUGUAAAAUAAUUUUUUUUAGGUUAUUACACAGGUAGGUUAUUACAAAUAAGCAUACCCACGAUUAUCAUUACUGAAAUAAGAAAUGGGAUUCACUAGUGGGAUUUGUCUUUGAAAUAAUCAAUGACUUAAAAGUUUACUAAUUCUAUUACUUUGUCCCAUACAAAACGUGGCCUGGUAUUUAAAGUAGAAUCAUUUUUAUUACAAAUUAUCUACAAAAUAUUUCCUUAGGAAAC